AAUAGUUUGUUUGAUGAUGUGGAGUUUAAAAUACAUCCAACUAUUUAGCAUUCUGGCUUAAUACUCUUUUUUUUUAACAAUAUUUCAUUGUAAGGUAGCGUUUACCAUAGGUAUUGAUGGACUUUUGUCCCUUACCUUUAGAAAUCAAAUGGGGAGACAAGUCACUAAUGGUUGUUCAACACAUAUAAGGAUUAAAUAAAAGCCCGGACAGACAAGCUCUUGCUUUCAUUUGCCCAGAAUGAGCAACCAACGACUGGGGCUUUGGACUAGAAGAAUCUCUGGCAGGAUCCUCCGAGGACUAUUGGCUUUCCUUCGGCUAUUGCUUGCUGGCUGCGUGAGUUUCUCCGGUCGAUUGCGGGAUGUGGUGGCUCAGGCAGGAGCUGAAACUGGUCUGCUGGCCCUGAGUUUGUGCGUCAAUCGGAGUAUUCACCUGGUGGAACGGCUUUUCUGGCUGGUGGUGGUCAUAAGCAGUGUUAUUGCGGCUCUGGUGCUCAGUAGUUUUCAGCUGGAACGCUACUUCAGCUCCCCCACUGUAAUCUCCGUGGAUCGGGACUACCGCGGCUGGAAUGGAUCCCUGCCGGCAGUCACACUGUGCUACUACGAUCACAUCGAUUCAUUCAAAGCCAACGAGUAUAUCCAGGAGGUGUGGAAUGUCUCGAUCAUCGACGAGGAUUACUUCUACUUUAUGGAUUUCCUUUAUGCGGUGGUGAAUGCCACGGCCGGGAAUUACGCGGAAUUGGCCAAGUUUGCGGAGGACGAGCGCUUCGAUCAGGUCGAUCUCUACGAGAUGAUAGAGCGGGUGGACCGACCCUUCGAGCAGGUCAUCAGCAGUUUUGACUCCGGCUUCCAGGUCCAUGUGCAGCGCGUGAUGACGGAACGGGGCGCCUGCUAUGCCAUCAAUUCGCCCAUGUCCACGGUUCUGAGUGGCCAACCCGUUGCCUAUGAACUGAUGCCGCAGCCCUUGUCCUGCCAGUAUGGCAAACAGCAGUGCUACAUCCGAAUGGAUCUGUAUGAAAGCACUGGCGUGCUGGACGUCCAUUCGCCGUUUGAGGUUUCGGCCACAGAGGCGAACAUUGUGGCCCUGCACAAAUCCGAUGAGAUAACGGCCUCGUUCAAGGUGCUCGAAACGGUGGCAUCGAAAAAUCUACGCCAGUUGAGCGUGGCACAGCGCAAGUGUGUGUUCAACAACGAGGAGACAUCCAACCUGAAGAUCUACAGCAAAUCCCUAUGCCUGGCCCGAUGUCGGGCGGUGAUGGCUCUGGAGAUGUGCAACUGCGUGCCCUUUUUCUAUCCGUAUGUCGAGGGUCCCAGUUGCAAUCCCGCCGGAUUCGAGUGCCUGCUGGACUUCAAGUGGCCCAUUUGGGCACUGCACAUCUGCAAGUGUCCGUCCACCUGCACGGAAAUCGAGUACACCAUGCAGACGGUGAAGAAAAGCUCGUGGGGCGUGAAAAACAACGAGGAGGUGGCCAGUAGCGAAACAGCUACCUCCAGUUUCCGCUGGGACCUGAUCCCUCCAAAGGUCCGGAUGCGCCGGGAUGUGGUCUACAGUUUUGAAGAUUUAGUGGUAUCCUUUGGAGGAGUCCUGGCCCUUUUCGUGGGCGUCAGCGUGAUGGGUCUGGUGGAGAUGGGCCAUGUGCUCAUCAACAGCAUGCUGCUGGACGCCUUCGCCGUGAUCCGCCUGGUUUUGGGCCAUCUGAGGCGCUGCUGGCGAAGAAGCGACCACAAGCCGGAGGCACAACCAGUCAACGACCGACUGAACCACCUCAACGAGCGCCUCUCUUUGGCCGACACCGCUGAACUGCCGCCGUUUGACUAUGUGAAUUGAUAAGCGACAAU